AUGGACAUCACGCUCCUGGGAUCGGCCAAGUACGUCGAGGACCGGUACAAGGACCUGAAGCGAAAGCGGCCGGACGACAAGGAGCAAGCGCCGGCAUCCGAGGCGGCGCUGGUCGGUGGCAUCUCGGCGGCGAAGCGCUACGAAGCUCUCUUGUCGCCGUCGCCGAGCCCGUCGGUCGUCGCAGCGCUUGACCAAGGUGCGCUUGUCUCGACGCUCGACGACCUCGAGCACAUGUGGCCCAUGACGCAACUCGAGAAGAAGCAGACGGUGCUGUACCUGCUUCUAGAUCAACUGGCGAACGCCGAUGCCAAGGACGUCCCGACGAAGCGAUCGCCUGCUGCGCUGCCACUGCCCGAGGACGAGACCGACGCGUGCGAGUCACUGCCACUCUCGACGCAAAUGGCCGUCAAGCUCUUCUUCAAGCUGCUACAAUCCGUGCGCAGUCGUAGCACCGCGAGCGGCAACUUUGCGCCGCUCGGACGCCUCAUCGAGCAAGUCCCGGCCAUGCUACUGGACAUGCCGCCGCUGGCACUGGCGCCAGAGCCAGGUACCAGAAGUCCGACGGUCUUUGAGGAGAUGUUUGGCACGAUUGUGGUCGCGCUGCCGCAGCUCGCAGACGUCGGACCCAGCAUCUCUGCACUUGUUGGCCUUAGCAUCAAGCGGGGCCGGCUCGAGCACCUCCUUCUCGUGCUCAAGCGGCUCUUGGGCAUGGAUCCAACGGUAUCGUUGCCAUCUACUGUCGGUGUCUUUCUUCGAGAACUUGUCACCGCCGUCGCGCAGCCCACCGAGGCGACCGCCGAGACUGCGACGUCAACCGGUAUGCUCAUGAGUUUUGGAAAAGGCGACCACGGCAAGCUCGGCCACGGCAGCUGCACGCACACAGGGUGCGCCGACGGCCGCUGUACCGAGAACAAAACAACGCCGAUGGUCGUCGAGGCGACGCGCGACAUCACCUUUCGCAAAAUUGACUCGCUCUCGACCCACAGCGUUGCCAUCACCAUAAACGGCGAGCUCAUGUCGUGGGGGAACGGCGACAAGUACCGACUCGGCCACGGCGACGCUGCCAAGGAGUAUGCACCGCGCCUCGUGGAUGCCUUUCGAGACAAGCCGCGCGUGCAGGAUGUGGCCUGUGGCCUCGGGCAUACCGUUGUGCUGCUUGUGAAUGGUGACGUGUACGCUUGGGGCAACGGCGGCAACGGACGCCUCGGACUCGGUGACACGUCCGAUCAAAUGCAGCCGUGCAAGGUCGCGCUGCCCGACGAGCUUGUCGAGAAAGAGAGUGACGCGUGGCUCGUCAGCGCCGUCUUUUGCGGUGCGUCGCACUCGCUCGCGGUGACCAAGCACGGCCACCUCUUUGCGUGGGGCAAAAACAACCAAGGCCAGUGCGGGGUGGGCCACACCAACGACGAGCUGCGACCGGCGCAUGUCUCGUACUUUGACGAAGCCGACAUGCGUGUCUCGACGGUCGCCGGAGGCUGGGAACACACGCUCAUGUGCACAACCGACGGCAAGGCGUUUGCCUGCGGUUGCGGCUAUAAAGACAGUCGGCGCGCGGGGCUUCCACCUGUCUUGGGCCUUGGCAUCAACGAUACGGACCGGCGCACCAAACCAACCCAGAUUCCAAAUUUGGACCAGUGUGUCGCUGUGGCUUGUGGCUGGGACCACUCGCUCGCGAUAACAAAAGACGGCAGUGUGUUCACGUGGGGCUCGGGCUCGAAUGGCAAGCUCGGUCACGGCGACGAAGAGAACCGCGAUGUGCCAACCCCAGUGCUUGGACUUAGCGGCAAGGUGGUUCGGGACGUCCGCGCGGGCUGCGAGCAUACGACCGCGAUCACCGCGUCCGGGGAGAUGUACACGUGGGGACACAGUGACAGCGGGCGGCUUGGCCACGGCGACAACGUCACGCGCAAGACGCCAUGCUACGUCGAAGCGUUUGCGUGGCAAGGCGUCCGGCCGGUCGCCAUUGCUGUCGGUGACAAGUACAAUCUCGUUCUCGUCCAACCCGUCGGCGACGACAUCGAGUCAUCGAACCAAGUGGUUGAUGCGGACGCGACACCGGCACCGGUGGCCGCCGACAACGACGCCGAUACGAUGGCAACCACGGCGUGGACCGUCGGGGCCGUGCAAACUACAAUGCUCGAACAGCUGCACCGCCUCGCCCACGCGUACGUGCCGCGCGAGAACGCGGCGCUUGUGGAGAAGCUUCGGCAGGUGCACACGCACCCGACACCGUUGCCACCGUCGCUGGCCUACGCCGUCGACGUCUCGGCCAGCACCUUUGAGCUGCUCCUCGAUAUCUUGCUCCUGGAUGCCAAUCUGCUGCGGUUCUUGAGCUGCGCGCACGUCACGCUGCCGUCGCCGCUGCUCACGAAGCUGCAUACUGCACUCCAGACGCUGGCGACGACCAUGGAUGGAGAGAUUGCCGUGGCCGCCGCGACGGCGCUCAAGAUUGGUUUUUCGUGCUUUUACGCGUCGCCGGCCGCCCAGCAUGCGCUGUUCUGGGACCUCUUACUGGUGCCCGAAGCGUCGCAUUCGGUGCUCUUGGAUGCUCUCGUCGACCCGCUGUGCCAGGAUCACGUCGUGUUGGGUCUCAUGGGCCGCCUCUUUGGACAGCUAGGUAGCCACACGUGUGCGAUCGACGCUGGCGGCGCGGAUGCCUCGACACCAACCGUCGCCGAUUUUCUGACGCUCUUGCUGCGUCUCAUCACGAGCUGUGUCGAGACGCGUCCAGAAACGUCGACGUGGCCACUGCAACAACGGGUGCUUUCGGUGCUGCAGACUCACUUGUUUGCGUGCUGGCACGCGCCACGUGUCUACUGCAUCGACUGCGUCGGCGCGGUCCUUAGGCCGUACCUCGAGAGCCUCUUUAGUUGCUGUCUCGGCUUGCUCAAGACGGUGCACAGAGGGCUGCUGAAAGACAGCGACCUCUCGACGCUGCAGCCAUCCUUCUUCCACGCACUCGCGCCGCUCGCGAUCGAGUGCUGCUGCGUCUCGCGCGUCCGAUCCAGCGAAGCGUUUUGCCUCCGCCUGCUCCCGACGCUGCUGCCGAUGCUCAAGCUACUGGACGAGAUCGCCUACAAGGCCACCCAAGACCACCGGUCGAGCAACCAAUCGCCGAGCAUGGACCUGACGUGGAUCAGUGAGGUACGUCUCGCGGCUUGUGCUCGCACUCUCAUGACGAACGACCGGGUGUAG